UAGAGCCGACGCUUGGUUUAUUCUCUCCUCCCAGUUGCGGUCAGGAGUCGUUUGUGGCUGUGCGCCGGCUCGCUGUUGCCUUGAAGGCGGGCAAGUCUUGGGAAGGAGGAAGUCGUAGGAGCUGACCCCGAUCCUUGGCAGGUCUUUAGGUCCGUUGGUACAGCAGAUUUCAAGGCUAAGAGAGGAGGACUGCUUCUGAUCCCUGCAGGAAGAAGCAGGAAAAAAAAAUCUCAAGAUGGAAAAUGUCCCCGAGGAAAGCAAAGGAGAGGAGCAGGCUCCAGUGAAGAAUGAAGAGGAAGCCCACCCUUUGGGAGGUGGUGAUGGCCAGGGACCUGGAGGAAACAUUAGAGGGGAUUGGGUUCCACCUGCCCAGGAUUUUAGAGAGGAUAUGCCCAAUAGGCUUGUCAAUAACAUUGACAUGAUAGAUGGAGAUGCAGAUGAUAUGGAAAGGUUCAUGGAGGAGAUGAGAGAGCUAAGGAGGAAAAUUAGGGAGCUUCAGUUGAGGUACAGUCUGCGCAUUCUUAUUGGAGAUCCCCCUCACCAUGACCAUCAUGAUGAGUUUUGCCUUAUGCCUUGAAGGCUGAGGUUAAUGAUCAUAAAUCCCCUGCUUCUCAAACUUGCAUUUUCUUGAUGUAGCCUUUACUGUGAACCUUUGGUAUUCUGUCAUUUUUCUGAUUGGAGAUUUCAUUUUGACUUUUGACUUACUCUGUAGGUUUUUCUGUCAGCAGGGGAGGUUCAUCAACUUGCAUGCAAAAAUGUCUAUCGCAUAUUGUAGAGUUAAUAAAGCAGUUUAAAAAGCUGUC